ACCACAGUCCACAGCAAGCGCGUGUGCAUCGUCAGAUGCUCCCCGCACCACUGCUGCGUGCUCUACAAAACAAAAGCCCACAUCGCGCUUUUCCGCCUUCGCCUGCGCAGAGGAAUUCGACCCGUUUUGGGUUAUCGCAGUCUCCGGCAUUUCUGGUGCGGAAGGGAGGAGAUGGGUAGCUCGGAUUACUGGAGCAAAGGGUCUCGCGUGGAGGUCACCAGCAAGGAGCAGGGCUUCAAGGGCGCCUGGUUCGACGCCGUGGUCGUGGAGCCCCCCGUGUACCACAAGUCCAAGUUCAAGAAGAAGCGGCUCACCCUGAUCGAGUACACCAACCUCCUCUCCGAGGACGGCCACACCCCGCUGCGGGAGUACAGCGACGCCAUCUUCAUCCGGCCCUUGCCUCCGGGAGAGGAGGGGGAGGAGGAGGAGGGGGAAGUGGCCAUGGAGGAGAAUCUGGUGGUGGACACCUACGACCGGGACGGGUGGUGGACGGGAGUGAUCGCGAGGAUCACGGGGGAAGGCAGGUACUUGGUGGCUUUCGAGGACCCGCCGCAUGUCCUCGAGUUCGCCCGCCACCAAUUGAGGCUGCACUGGGAGUUCCUCGAGGGCAAAUGGUGUCUUCCCCCUAAAUGUCUGGAAUUUUCUGACCAUCUCAAUGAGCUGAUUGCCCUUGCCAAACGCCGUAACACCAUUUCUGGGGAGGAUGCUGAAGUUCGCGUCGCCACACCUAUGCCAUGCUCAAUGAAGCAAUCAACUCCGAAUGAGAUGUUCACUUCUUCUACCGUCGGGUCCAGUGAGAAGGAGACAGAGCAGCAACACUCCGGCUAUGAUUCCACGUCUUUUCUCCCUCCCAAGAAGCCUAAAACACUCAAUGAACCCUCUAAUAAAAAAAAGAAUACUUCUCAAAGCAAGGAUAUGGGAAAUAGUCAGCUGGGAAAGAGACGAAGACUUGUGAAGUUACAUGCCAGGACUGAAAAUGCUUCAGCGACAGGCAAGAAGAAGAGAGCAGAUGACGCGUCUUCUGCAGACAAUGGACUGGGCUUCCCAAUUACUCCAGUGGAACAUUUGAGUGGUAAGGCCUCUGUGGCUGUAGCUUCUGAAAAGCAUAGUGUGGCUGUGGCGAAAGUAGUAGAAGAUGUCACUGGAAGGCAUAUAACCAACUCAGGGGUCAAAGGAUUGUUGCUCGAAGAAUUGCACUCUCAAAUAUUGGAUAGAUCUGAACAUUCUCGUCUUGGUGGGGGGAACCAAGUGAAUGAGGCAAUAGAGGUUAUUCAGCUUGAGGAGGAUGCGGACCUUGAGGGUGAAGCCGAGGGUGACACUAGGCCAAACAAAAGGCCUGCGUUGCCUUUUGUGAAAACCUCACCAAUAUGGAAAGCGGUGGAAUCUUUGGAAGUAUUCCAAAAGUUCCCUCAAGCACCUCAUUUUCUACCUUUAAGUGAUACCAAGGCAGGAUCUCGUGAAGGACUGGCCAUUGCCAAGAUGGUGACUUUUGCCAAUACAGUACAGAUGGCUUCCAAAUUGAAGAUCACUGAUUCCAAAAGUAGAUUUGCUACCUGUUUGGAAGACCUUGUAGAAUUGGAGGUGCAUGGUUUUGAUGCCCAAGUGAUCAAGAGUCAUUUGACGCGGCUGCUUUCGAUAAAAGAUGGACUAGACAAGCUUGACAAAAAGUGGGAUGAAGCUGAAACUCAAAUUGCAGGGCUUAAGAAUGAGAGAGUCAAAAUCGAGGGAAAGGUCGAAAAGAUCAUUAAGGAGAUAAGGCAUUUUCAAGAGGAACUGAUACUAGCCUUAGCAGAGAAGGAGGAGAAAGAUUCUGAAAUCACAAUGUUGAGAACCAGUGUUGACAUCAUGCACGAAGCGGUUCAAAGUGCCCAGCACGAAUUCGAAGAACGUUUAAACAAUUUCUCCUGGUGAGGAUGAGUGGUGGCGUGGGACACCGCCAGUAACCUUAACUAUCAUUUUGCGGAUUUGCGUGGGAAAUAUCGUCCUCUUUUUUUGUUUAGCAAUAGAUCUGUCUAUACUUCUGUUGGACUUGGAAGUGUCCCGCUUUUAUAUUAGAGUUGGUCUUUUGUAUAUUGUUAGGCCAGGAGAUAUAGGUUCAACUCUGGAAGUGUUGUCUUUGUGUGUUGAACACCUGAUGUGUAGUUGGAAUUUCAGUUUAAUGUAGAUGGCAGUUGUUCUCUGACUU